AUGCACAUUUCGGGAAUGGGGGGAGCCUCUGUCACAAGUCGUUACUCCACCGUCGCAACUAUUUGCUCCAGCGAUCACUCAUAUCGCUGUGAUCUCUCCUUCCAAAUUUUGCCUAAGAUUACUGGUAAUCUCCCAGCUACUGUUGUAGAUACAUCAGAACUGCAAAUCCCACCGGAACUCAACCUAGCGGACCCCUCCUUUGCCCUACCUCAUCGUAUCGAUAUGGUUAUAGGUGCUCAAUUAUUCUUCUCACUCCUUUGUGAUGGACAGCGAUACAUCUCCAACCACUCAGAGGGAUUGAGACCUAUUCUACAAAACACAGUAUUGGGCUGGGUAGUGAGCGGACCGGUACCAAUAGCAUCGAAUUCAUCUCACUCUGCGUCUGUUGCCCUUACAUGCACCACCGACGAUCUAGACUUCCAAUUGUCACGCUUUUGGGAGAUUGAGCACUGUCCUGAAGCUCGCAGCUUUUCGAAGGAGGAAUUAGCCUGCGAGAAACUUUUCUCCGACACCACCACACGAGAUGAACUUGGUCGAUUUGUUGUUCGUCUACCCACCAAGCCUGAGAUGUUGAGUCAACUGGGCGACUCAGCCACAACAGCUUUGGAACGAUACCACUGGAUGCAGCGUCGGCUCUUGAGAGAUCCGAACUUACAAGACCAAUAUUCACAGUUCAUGCUGACUUACGGCACUGCUUGUGCACCCUAUCUUUCAACCCGCUGUUUAAAGCAAUUGGCAUAUGAUCACAUGAUGAUUAACAAACACGUAGCCUCUAAAAUAAGCACCGACUUUUAUAUGGAUGAUCUUAUCAGUGGGGAUCAAACAGAUGACGCAGCAAUUAAUCUCCGCUCAGAAGUCCAGGGCAUUCUGAGAUCAGCAGGUUUUGAGUUGAGAAAAUGGGCAUCAAAUUCCCCGGCAGUCCUAGCAAGUAUCCCCGAAGCUUUGAGAGAUGACCGUUUAUUUCUCGACUUAGACAGCUCCCCCUCAAUAAAAACUCUUGGACUCAUCUGGCAGCCCAAAUCCGAUUCGUUCCACUUCAAAUCACCAGAUCUCAUUCAAAGUCAGCAACUCACUAAGAGAAUUGUUGUCUCUGAGAUGGCCCAGCUAUUUGAUCCGCUCGGAAUUCUUGGACCUGUCGUCGUAAAAGCAAAAAUUUUCGUGCAGCAGUUAUGGAGAGCAAACCUUUCUUGGGAUGAUCCGCUCCCACCCAACUUGAGUGGCGCCUGGGAGUCAUAUAGGUCGGACCUUUCAACAGUACACUUGUUCAGUGUUCCUCGACGUGUUCUGGCUAACAACAGAGCAGGCGAAAUCCAACUUCACGGAUUUUGCGACGCAUCUCAGCACGCAUAUGGGGCGUGCAUCUACGUACGAAGCUCAACUGAAGACGGCAACAUCAUUACCCACCUUCUUACCGCUAAAUCCCGAGUUGCGCCUAUCCAACAAUCCACAAUCCCUCGGCUGGAAUUAUGUUCAGCAGUUUUGUUAGGCCAUCUGUAUACAAAUGUUAUUUCUUCCUUGAAUCAGCCAACUAAAGCGUUUUUUUGGUCUGAUUCAAUGAUAACGUUACACUGGAUUCAUCAGCCACCGUCGAAAUUCAACAUCUACGUGGCAAAUCGAGUCGCUGAGGUGCAGCGGCUGACUGUUGGUGGUUCUUGGAAUCACAUUGCCGGUUUCGAGAACCCAGCCGAUAUUAUUUCGAGAGGUGCUACCCCCCAAGAACUAUCUGGUAACACAUUGUGGUGGGAAGGCCCACCAUGGUUAAAAUUGGAAUCGACGAACUGGCCACGUCGGUUCACUGUUAUGGAUUCGUCCCACGUAAAGCCAGAAGAUUUGGAGGAGAAGGUACAACAAAAACCAUCUCUUGCCGCCGUGACAACUGACACUUACCCGGAGUUAUGCGAAUAUUAUUCUUCGUUCGCAAAACUGGUUCGCAUUUCUGCAAUUUGUCGACGGUUCGCUCAACGAUGCCGAAGGCAAGAACGAGAUUUUCCACCAUACCUUCUUGCUAGUGAGUACCGAGCGGCGCUGAUGGGACUGGUAAAAUCGGCGCAACAACAAAGUUUUCCUCGUGAAUUAGCUCUUGUCGAAGCUGGUAAGAAGUCCGAUUUGAGAUCGUCACUAUUACGACGACUAAAUCCAAUCAUCGACCAAGGUAUUCUCCGAGUCGGAGGCCGACUCAAUUUAUCAAAUCUUUCCCAUGAUAGGAAGCACCAAAUUAUACUUCCUUCCAACCAUAAGUUGACGAUUCUGCUUGUUGAAUCAACCCACCAAGAUUUACUACAUGCUGGUCCUAGUUUAAUGAUUGCUAAUAUACGAGAACGCUUCUGGCCGCUGGAUUUGCGCAGAUUAGCACGAAGGACGGUACGCAACUGUGUAACAUGUUUUCGAGUGAAUCCAACGGUGGAAAUUCAACUAAUGGGCCAAUUGCCACGGGUUCGCAUCACUCCAGCUCGCGCCUUUCUCAACACUGGUGUUGACUUCUGCGGGCCAGUACUAAUCAAGCUUCCUGUCAGGAGAGGAAAACCUUUCCCCCCGCUGAAGGCAUAUAUUUGUGUCUUCGUGUGCAUGGCAACCAAAGCGAUGCACCUCGAACUUGUAGGUGAUCUUAGCACCGACGGGUUUAUUGCUGCUCUAAAACGAUUUGUAGGCCGCCGAGGCCUACCCAUCAGCCUGUAUUGUGACAACACCACGAAUUUCACCGGAGACAAUCGUGAACUGCGUUCACUCCUAUCCCAGUUCAUGGACCAACAACACACCAGAAAGGUUGCAUCAUUUUGUGCAGAAAUUUCUAUUCAAUUUCACUUUAUCCCCGCUAGAGCACCAUCCUUCGGCGGGCUAUGGGAAGCCGCCGUACGCGCCGUCAAGCAUCAUCUUCGCCGAGUCGUGGGUUUGGACGCCAUAACCGCAGAGGCCAUGCAAACGGUACUCUGCCAAAUCGAGGGAUGCCUUAAUUCUCGGCCGCUAACUGCUUGCUCGGAAGAUCCCGAUGAUCAACAAAUCCUGACCCCUGGCCACUUCCUAAUCGGCGAUGCACUGAAGGCUAUUCCGGAACCUGACCUGUGUGAUGUACCAACCAAUAGGCUCUCGCUGUGGCAAGCGAUGCAGCAUAAAGUUCAACGGUUUUGGAAGCUCUGGUCUACUGAUUACUUGAAUCAACUACAACAGCGCUCCAAAAACUACUUUCAAAAACCUAACGUCGUCGUGGGCAAGUUAGUGCUACUGAAAGAGGACAAUUUACCGCCGCUCAAGUGGAGCGUCGGGCGAGUCACCGCAGUGCACCCUGGCGCUGAUAACCUAGUGCGAGUCGUCGAUGUUAAGGUCCCUUCUGGUGCGGUAUACGACCGGCCGAUCUCAAAGAUCUGCCUGCUACCAAUCAACGACGCUGAAGAUGGUCCGUCGUCAAACAACGAAUGA